UCACUCCGCACGCAAUACUCUCUGUCUCUCUCUCUCUCUCACACACUCUCUCUCUCUUUCUCUCUCACACACUCUCUCUCUCUUUCUCUUCCCCCCUCUCUUUCAGUAUCUCUCUGCCCCCCCUUUUUUAGUCUCUCUCUCUAUCAGAGAAGAGCAGCGGCGUCCGCGUUACACUUUUUCAGGCAUCCAUGGCGCUGUGUAACGGCGAUACCAAGCUGGAUAUCAGUGGCGAGCCUACAGACGGGUUGCAGGACUACGACGGGGCCGUGGUGAUCCUGGACGCCGGGGCGCAGUAUGGAAAAGUGAUUGACAGGCGAGUGAGAGAGCUGUUAGUGCAGUCGGAGAUCCUGCCGCUAGAGACGCCCGCCUUCGCCAUCAGAGAGCAGGGCUUCAGGGCCAUCAUUAUAUCUGGCGGUCCGAAUUCGGUCUACGCGGAAGAUGCACCUUGGUUCGACCCCGCCAUAUUCACCAUCGGAAAACCCGUACUGGGGAUCUGCUACGGCAUGCAGAUGAUGAAUAAAGUGUUCGGAGGCACGGUACACAGGAAAAGCGUCCGAGAAGACGGCGUGUUCAGCAUCGGAGUAGACAACUCCUGCUCCCUUUUCAGGGGUCUACAGAAGGAGGAGAUGGUGCUCUUGACUCACGGAGACAGUGUGGAUAAGGUAGCGGAUGGGUUCAAAGUCGUUGCUCAGUCUGGAAACAUUAUUGCAGGUAUCGCCAACGAGCAGAAGAAGCUCUACGGGACGCAGUUUCACCCGGAAGUAGAUCUGACGGAGCGGGGCAUGGACAUGCUGCGGAACUUCCUGUUUGAGAUCGCCGGUUGCACCAGCAACUUCACCGUGCAGAACCGGCAGAUGGGCUGCAUACGCGAGAUCCGGGAGAAAGUGGACAAGUCCAAAGUGCUGGUGUUGUUAAGCGGCGGCGUCGAUUCCACAGUGUGUACAGCCCUGCUGAAUAAAGCUCUAAACCAGGACCAAGUGAUCGCCGUCCACAUCGACAACGGCUUCAUGAGGAAGAGGGAGAGCCAGAGCGUGGAGGAGGCACUCACCAAACUCGGCAUUAAACUCAAAGUUGUAAACGCAGCGCACACGUUCUACAACGGCACCACGACGCUGCCCAUCUCCGAGGAGGAUCGCACACCCAGGAAACGCAUCAGCAAGACCCUCAACAUGACCACCAACCCCGAGGAGAAGAGAAAGAUCAUCGGCGACACCUUUGUCAAGGUGGCGAACGAGGUGAUCGGCGAGAUGAACCUGAAGCCGGAGGACGUGUAUCUGGCGCAGGGCACGCUCAGACCCGACCUGAUCGAGAGCGCGUCUCACUUGGCCAGCGGCAAGGCUGACGUCAUCAAAACUCACCACAACGACACCGAGCUCAUCCGCAAGCUCCGAGACGAGGGGAAGGUAAUCGAGCCACUGAAAGAUUUCCACAAAGACGAGGUGCGAGCGCUGGGCCGAGAGCUCGGGCUCCCAGAGGAGAUCGUCUCCCGACACCCUUUCCCCGGUCCCGGUUUGGCCAUCAGAGUGAUCUGCGCUGAUGAACCGUACGUUUGCAAAGACUUUGCCGAAACCAACAACAUCCUAAAAAUCAUCACAGACUUCUCCGCCAGCGUUAAGAAGCCGCACACACUGCUGCAGAGAGUGAAGUCGUGCAUAUCGGACGAGGAAGAGGAGAAGCUGAUGCAAAUCACCAGCCUUCAUUCACUAAAUGCCUUCCUGCUGCCAAUUAAAACCGUCGGUGUCCAGGGUGACUCGCGGUCGUACAGCUACGUAUGUGGGGUGACCAGUAAAGAAGCUCCUCACUGGGAAUCGCUCAUGUUCCUGGCCAGACUCAUCCCUCGCAUCUGUCACACCAUCAACAGAGUCGUGUAUGUUUUCGGGUCGCACGUAAAGGAACCUCCCACAGACAUCACUCCCACUUUCCUGACCACAGGCGUACUGAGCACGCUCAGACAGGCCGACUUCGUGGCCCACUCCAUCCUCAGGGAGUCGGGCUACUCGGGUAAGAUCAGUCAGAUGCCCGUCAUCCUCGUGCCGCUGCAUUUCGACCGUGACCCGCUGCAGAAGCAGCCGUCCUGCAGGCGCUCCGUCGUCGUCAGAACCUUCAUCACCAGCGACUUCAUGACGGGCAUCGCCGCCACGCCGGAUAAUCACAUCCCCGAGGAGGUGGUGCUGAAGAUGGUGAGCGAAAUUAAGAAGAUCCCGGGCAUCUCCAGAGUGAUGUACGACCUCACGUCCAAACCUCCGGGAACCACAGAGUGGGAGUAGAGAAGAGCGAUGGACUCUCUGGGCUCUCCUCCUCCUCCAUUUCUCUCUCUCCCUCUCUCUCUCUCUCUUUUUCUGGACUUCCUCCUCCCCUUCCUAUUCCUUCAUCCUUCCAUGGCCAUGUUUCCAAACUCACCAACAAGCUCUCCACCCUCAGAGAACAUGACAUUCCCUACAACAGCAGCCAGUACUGUGAUUAACACACACACACACACACACACACACGCACGAAGCCGCUUCUUCGACACAGCCUCAUUUUCUGGGGCUUGUUAUUAUUAUUAUUAUUAUUAUUAUUAUAAUUAUUAUUAUUAAGCUGGUUAUUUGUUUAUUAUUUCAGCGAUUAGUCGUCUGUGUCUCAUAUAUUCGGCGGUCAAGGCUUUGAGGCUUACAGAAAUAAACUAGGGAUGCGUCGAUAAAAUUCAUAAGGAAAAAAAAGAGUUAACUUUAGUGUUAAGUAAUCAGGGCGUCGCGGAACGUUUUAUUUAGCUGUGUAUAUGUCUGUCGAUGUGGCGUUCUGCUGCCAAUGAACUCCUCUCGCCGAGUUUCACGUGUAAGACGUGAUGCCGUUUAAACGGUGCGUUUAAUAGAGAGCGCUCACUAUUAAAGACACUGUUUAAACAUUAUUAAUAUGUUCGCGCAGGUUACUUGUAUCGUAGGACGAUGCCGAUGCUAGUAUCGGUAUUCAUGCAUCCCUGGAAAUCACACACACACAUACACACUCUCUCUCUCUCUCUCUCUCUCUCUCUCUCUCUCUCUCUCUCUCUUUCUAGUAUGAGUUUCUCAUCACUACUAUUUUCUGCUUUCAUUCUCCACAUCAGCUUUAUUCACCUCAUAUCCUUCUGCAUUACUAACUCACGUGACCAAUUAUCUUGAUUUGCCAAAUAGAGCUGGUUGACAUUAAGGGCACUUAAAGAACUGCCACUGAUGACUUUUCUUUUUUUUUUUUAAUUUUAUUUUAUUAUUAUUAUUUUGAGAUCUGCGAAACGUGCUGUGAAGGAGCUUCUCCCGGUGUGGUCGAGCUUCCUAGACUUUGUGCCUGGUUCUUUUGUCCUUUUCUCGUUUUCUGGUCUUGUUUUUUUUUUGUUUUUGUUUUUCUCCUUCAGGGAUGUGAAGAACAGAACUAACACAUGCUGCAUAUUUUUCUUUUGCGUCGACCUUGAGAAAGUAUAUUUGUGUCUGCUUCUGUGCGAGUGUGUGAGAAGGGGAGCAUCAUUUGCACAUUUAACCAUAUUUUGUGUUUUUGUUUUGUUUGUUUUUGUUUGUUUUUGGUUUACCCAUAAGGCCUUGGUGCUUUUGCUUCCAGUGUAGCGUCUCCCGAUGCUGGACGUAGGAAGCUUUAGCUGAGGGAUGGGGAAAGGGGCUUAGCUUUGAUCACAUGAUCCCAUUAACACGUUUUGAGAGUCGUGUUUUGUUUUUUUGUUUAGUUUGGUUUUUUUUUUUCCAUCUGUAGAAAGUGGGAGGGGCUACAAGUCGGUUCUGUUAACUAUACGUGGAGGUUUGUUUAGGGCGAAACCAGAAAUCUAUGCCUGAUGUAGAUAAGAUUUGAAGUGUCGUAACAAUGAGUAACAAUGCCUAGCUAUUUAUUGUCUUCGUACGUCUCAUUACACGAUCCUCGUUUCAACGGCAAGCGGAAAAAAAAAAAAAAAACGAUGCAAGGGUGGACUUGUUCCUUGUCUUAAUUGCAAACUUUGUUCUUAUCCUCUCUCUCUCUCUCUCUCUCUCUCUCUCUCUCUCUCUCUCUCUCUCUCUCGCUCCGUCUUUGCCUCCGUCUCUCUCCCUCUCUCUGUCUCUUGCCUUUUUACGUGUACAUUUACAUGCGUCUACUCGAAAGAAAAUACUAUUAAUAUGAAUUUAAAUUCAGUAGUGGGUUCAGCUGCAAUCUCACAUGGUGUUCGGUUUGAUUUAUGCAAUUCUUUUUUUCUUUUGUAUAAAAAUGAACAAAAAGCUCUUUUUUUUUUUUUUUUUUUUCCUUCUUCUUCUUUUUUUUCUUUUUUUUUUUCUUUUCUUUAGUAUUGUGCCUCAAAACCAAGCCACUGCAUGCAGUUUCCAGAAGAACUGACGUUUGUAUAAUGAGAUCUGAGCUUUAAUAAAGAAGUCCAUGUACGA